UACUACUUUCUUCUCCCCUCUCUCUCUCUGGUCAGAAGUAAGAACUAACACAUACACAUGGAUUCCUCAGUACACAAUCAAACAAUUAGCUCUUCUAAAAUUUCCCAGAAAGAACAUCAAUACGACACCUUCCGUCAGGCAAUGAAAUACCCAUCAAAACAUUCUUCUCGUAGAACACCAUCCUUUUCCUCGUCCUCUUCACUCUCCUCAUCAUCAAGCUCCUACAUUCCCAGUGAGCUGGAUUCUCCUCUGGGCCCCGCAACCCCGCUUCGGUUUUCCGGGGUGCCGUUUUCUUGGGAGCAUUUUCCGGGAAUCCCCAAGAAACAAGUUUGCGAGAAAAUUCUGGCGCAGGACCAAUCUUCAUCAACAAAGCUCCUUCCAUUGCCACCAACAGCCAACAAAAAUAAGAACAUGUUCCGUGCUCUCAAUCACAUCAAUAGCGCCAUGAUCAAGAUGAAGAAGACAUCAAGUAAUAUUUCUAGUCCCAAUAAGCAACAAGCAAUAUCGAAAAGCGACGAUCCCUUUUUCGCGGCGCUAGUUGAGUGUUCCAAGGGCGACAAUGACGACGACGACGACGAAGAAGUAGAUCAGGAGAAUGCAAAGCUUUGGAAUAUUGCUAGCACUGGGAAGGUGUGUAGGAGCUUAAGCGACAGGUUUGGUUUCAUCAAUCUUUAUGCAAUGUCUUGCAAGAGAACUUGUGCUGUCGAUGAAUCAAUCAGACAUCUUCCAAAGUCCAACGUCAGAAGUUCUUAUGAUCUAAUUAAAUACCGAUCUCGCUAA